AUGGCAAUGAACAAGAUCCGCGGUGCCUUUGCGGUGCCCCGGAAAGGAGAGACCUUUGAGUUGCGAGCUGGCCUGGUGUACGAAGUUUCCCUCCCCCGUGUCUUAAUCACAGCAGCUCGGUAUCUCAAUAUGCCUAUGAACGGUGUGUCCACGAAGACUGACCGUCAUGGUCACAAAACAGGUCCGCGCUCGGAACACGGCGAUGAUGCUGACAGUCUGAUUAGCAAAGAAUCAAUCCAAAAGACGAUCAUGGCUAUGACCUUGGGCAAAGAUGUAUCAGCUCUCUUCCCUGAUGUGCUGAAGAACAUUGCCACCGCAGACUUGGAGCAGAAGAAAUUGGUCUACUUAUAUCUGAUGAAUUACGCCAAAUCACACCCUGACCUCUGCAUUCUCGCCGUCAAUACCUUCGUCCAAGACUCUGAAGACCCGAAUCCGCUGAUCCGCGCUCUGGCCAUCCGCACGAUGGGCUGCAUUCGUGUGGACAAGAUGGUGGACUACAUGGAAGAGCCUCUACGCAAGACACUCCGCGACGAGUCGCCGUACGUACGCAAGACGGCUGCAAUCUGUGUGGCCAAGCUUUUUGAUCUGAACCCAGCGAUGUGUCUUGAGAAUGGAUUCCUCGAGAUGCUGCAGGAGAUGAUUGGAGACCCAAAUCCGAUGGUGGUCGCCAACUCCGUCACUGCACUAUCGGAGAUUCAGCACACGGCCCCGGAAACCAAGGCCCUGCAGGUCACUGCCAACACGUUGCGAAAGAUGCUCAUGGCUCUCAACGAGUGUACGGAGUGGGGUCGUGUGACGAUUCUAUCCACGUUGGCUGAAUACCGUGCCGUGGAUGUGAAAGAGUCGGAGCAUAUUUGCGAGCGUGUGUCGCCUCAGUUCCAGCACGUCAACUCCGGCGUGGUUCUGGCGGCCGUGAAGGUGGUCUUUUUGCACAUGAAGUACGUUGGGCCUGAGUUGGCCAAGACUUAUCUGAAAAAGAUGGCUCCACCUUUAGUGACCUUGGUGUCCUCGGCGCCCGAAGUUCAGUAUGUCGCCCUGCGAAACAUCGACCUCCUGCUCCAGAAGCAGCCCGACAUUCUGAACAAGGAACUCCGUGUUUUCUUCUGCAAGUAUAACGACCCGCCUUAUGUGAAGUUCCAAAAGUUGGAAAUCAUGGUCCGGAUAGCAAACGACCGCAACGUGGACCAGCUCUUGGCCGAAUUGAAGGAGUAUGCGCUUGAAGUUGACAUGGACUUUGUUCGUCGUGCCGUCAAGGCUAUUGGGCAGGUUGCCAUCAAGAUUGAGAGCGCCAGUGAGAAAUGUGUCAACACCUUGUUGGACCUGAUCAACACGAAGGUGAACUAUGUCGUGCAGGAGGCCAUUGUCGUGAUCAAGGAUAUCUUCCGGAAAUACCCUGGCUACGAGGGCAUCAUUCCCACUCUGUGCAAGUGCAUCGAUGAACUCGACGAGCCCAAUGCUCGUGCUGCUCUGAUCUGGAUUGUGGGAGAAUAUGCCGAAAAGAUCAGCAACGCCGGUGACAUCCUAGGCGGGUUUGUUGACGGGUUCAAUGAGGAAUUCUCGCAGACUCAAUUACAGAUUCUGACUGCUGUCGUCAAGCUCUUCCUCAAGCGGCCUGAAAAGGCCCAAGGCCUCGUUCAGCGAGUCCUUCAAGCCGCCACCGCCGAGAACGACAACCCAGACGUUCGUGACCGUGCUUACAUCUACUGGCGCUUGCUCUCCAACACAAGUGAUCAGAAUGCCACGAAGAACAUUGUCCUUUCAGAAAAGCCUCCCAUCGUCACUACCAUCAGCUCAUUACCGCCGACGCUUCUUGACCAGCUUCUGCAGGAACUCUCCACUCUGUCUUCUGUCUACCACAAGCCUCCAGAGCAGUUUGUCGGGCAGGGUCGCUUUGGCGCCGAUGCCGUCCAACGGGCCGCUAUCGAGGAACAACUUCAGAAUGCCCGAGAAAAUCCCUUGGCGGCUGCGGCUGCGGCUGCAGUCAGCGGCACUACAUCUUCAUCGCAGGCACAAAACAACGUCGAGAAUUUGCUGGACAUCGAUUUCGACGGUGGUGCCCCCGCCUCCGCCCAAAAAGAACCCUCUGGCGAAUUGUCCGGCUUGGAAGGGCUGGCAGGUACUCCCGUUCGGAUGCAAUCACCUGCCGCGGGUGCACCUCCGGCUCAGGGGAGCAACAAUCUGGACGAUUUGCUGGGAGUCUUUGGCGACUCCGGUCCCUCACAAGCAGCAACCGGGGGCGCCCCUGGUGGAGGUGCUGGUGACUUGAUGAAUGGUUUCUCCGGUCUUGAUCUCUCUGGAAAUCAAGCUUCUGCCUCUCACAGUACCCCGCAAAACUCUGGCAGUCAUGAUAUGAUGGACCUUAUUUAG